GGCCCCGGCCCGCGUUAUCUGGCCCCGCGGCCGCGGCCCGGGGAGGCGGCCGGCGGGCAGGGGCCGCGCGAUGUCGCACGGAGCCGGGCUUGUCCGCACCACGUGCAGCAGCGGCGGCGCGGCGGGACCCAGGGCCGGCGCGGGGCCGCCGGGCAUGAGCGCCUCGGAGGGGCUGGUGGACCCGGUGUACCCCCGCACCCACGGGGCCCUGCUGAAAGUGGCGCAGAUGGUCAGCCUGCUGAUCGCCUUCAUCUGCGUGAGGAGCUCCCCGUGGAUCAGCCAGAGCGCCUACCGGUACUUCGAAGUGGUCACCAUGUGCAACCUGAUCAUGAUCCUCGCCUUCUACCUGGUCCACCUCUUCCGCCUCUACCGCGUGCUCACCUGCAUCAGCUGGCCCCUGUCGGAACUCCUGCACUAUUUAAUCGGCACCCUGCUCCUCCUCAUCGCCUCCAUCGUGGCCGCCUCCAAGAGCUACAGCCAGAGCGAGCUGGUGGCCGCCUCGAUCUUCGGCUUCGUGGCCACCUUCCUCUGCCUGGCGAGCGUGUGGCUGUCCUACAAGAUCUCUUGUGUGACCCAGUCCACAGAUGCAGCCGUCUGAGGGACCUCCACCUCCGAACCUGUGUUCCUGUGCCAAAGCCCCGCCCAGCUGGUGGGCACGGGAGGGCCUUCUCCUCCCUCCUGGGCUCCCGAGCUGCCCCGGGCCUCUCCCCCCGGUCUUCCUCCGAGAGGAUCCUCCUCGUCCGGGAAAGAAAAGCAUCCUCCAGGGAGAUGUGGCCUCUGCCUCCUGCUUUUCAGACCGAGACUGGUGACCGCACCUCACGUGACGGAGAGGUUCCUGGAGAGGUUCCCGCACAAACCCCACUCCUCGCGGGAGUGACGCUGCCUUAAGUCUCCCCGGAAAGACCAAGCCCUCUCCUAAUUUAUCGAGCUUGGGCCUCUGCUCUCUCUGCACGUGGAAGACGAGAUCUCAGUCUCCUUUCCCGGCUCUGCCUUCGUGAGCAGUGUGCGUGUGCGUGUGUGUGCGUGUGCGUGUGUGUGUGCGCGUGUGUGUGCGCGCGCGUGUGUGGUUUUUUUUGGUUUUUUAAAUAAAAUAUUGACUUGGCCAAUGGCAGAAGGAUUUCUUAUUACA